UAUCGUUCCUGAUAUAAAAGGAACGUUCGCUGUGGUUCCCAUUCAGUUCAGUAUAGGACCUUGGGUGUUUUUAGAGGCAGAACGCGAGACUCCUUAAAUUUUAUUGAAAUUUUUGCUGCAACGAGCUACUGCGAAGAAGAUAAUCAUGCAAAUCUUUGUCAAGACACUGACAGGAAAAACUAUCACACUUGAAGUUGAAGCUUCCGAUACCAUUGAGAAUGUGAAAGCAAAGAUUCAAGACAAAGAAGGAAUACCUCCAGACCAACAAAGGUUGAUCUUUGCUGGAAAACAACUUGAAGACGGACGUACGCUGUCUGAUUAUAAUAUUCAAAAGGAAUCGACCCUGCAUCUUGUUCUUCGUCUGAGAGGAGGAAUGCAAAUUUUUGUAAAAACCCUUACUGGGAAAACUAUCACCUUAGAAGUUGAAGCUUCCGACACCAUUGAAAAUGUCAAGGCCAAGAUUCAGGAUAAAGAAGGCAUUCCUCCAGACCAACAAAGGUUGAUCUUCGCUGGUAAACAAUUGGAAGACGGACGCACGUUGUCCGACUAUAAUAUUCAAAAGGAAUCAACUCUUCAUCUUGUUCUUCGUCUUCGUGGCGGUAUGCAAAUUUUCGUCAAGACCCUUACAGGAAAAACGAUAACUCUUGAAGUUGAAGCUUCCGAUACUAUUGAGAAUGUGAAAGCAAAAAUUCAAGACAAGGAAGGCAUUCCUCCAGACCAACAAAGGUUGAUCUUUGCCGGAAAGCAACUUGAAGACGGACGCACGCUGUCCGAUUAUAAUAUUCAAAAGGAAUCGACUCUUCAUCUUGUUCUUCGUCUGAGAGGAGGAAUGCAAAUUUUUGUAAAAACCCUUACUGGAAAAACCAUCACUUUAGAAGUUGAAGCUUCCGAUACUAUUGAGAACGUGAAAGCAAAAAUUCAAGACAAGGAAGGGAUUCCUCCAGACCAACAGAGGUUGAUCUUCGCUGGUAAACAAUUGGAAGAUGGGCGCACACUUUCUGAUUACAAUAUACAAAAGGAAUCAACCCUGCAUCUUGUGCUUCGUCUUCGAGGUGGCCGAUGAUUAAAUAUAUUGAUCGCACUUUAAUUUAAAAAGUUAUAUGAAAUAAAUAGAAACAAAUUUUUUUACUUUUAUCCAUUAUAACUAUUGAUCGUGUGAUAUAAUCCUAUUAAGUAUUUAAUUGAAAUAAAUUGCAUUAUAAAUACA